AUGAAAGUUGCGAUCAUUGGAGGAGGGCCAUCUGGUUUAUUUUUAGCAAAAUAUUUAUCAAAACACGCCAAUUCAAUUACAAUAUAUGAAAAAUCUGGUACAUUUGGAGGAAUGUAUAAUUACUCCUACAACCCAAAACUUAAUAUUUUUAAAAAUAUCUUAAAUACUAAGAAUAUAGACUUUAAACCAAACUUUGAAAUAACCGAAUCAAAUUUUAAGACAAUAGAGCCUUAUUAUGAUAAAUUUGUGCUUGCUAUAGGUGGUGUUCCAAAUUUUAAUGAAAAUUCAAGUUACAUUAAUGCACUUGAUAUUAUAAAAAACAAAGUUUCCAUUAAUAGCUUAGGUAAAAAAGUGUGCAUAAUUGGAAUGGGGAAUGUAGCAUUAGACGUCUGUAGAAAAAUAAUUACGAAAGUUAAUGAAAUUGAUAUUAUUUCAAGAGGUGGAUUGUAUAUAAGUAAAUUUGGAAAUAAUGUAAUGCGAGAAAUAUUAAAUCUAGCAAAUUUUAAAGGACACAACAUAUCUUUACCUUCUAACCUUAAAGAAAAUAGAAGAUAUAAUUUAUUAAAUAAUAAUAACAUUAAAAUUGAUAAAACUAAGAAUAAUAUCAAUUUAUUUUUUGAUACAUCUAUAAAAAAAGUAACAAAAAUUAAUGGUAAAUAUGUUGUAGAAUUUAAUAAUGGAUGUGAACAUAAAUAUGACUCUAUUAUUACUAGCUUUGGAUUUAAAGCAAAUCAAUUAAAAAUCAAUACAGAUAAACCUGUUUAUAAAAUAGGGUGGUGUGACAUUCCAUUUGGAAAUAUAAGUGAUGCUGUACAAUCUGCUAAGAAGAUGGUAUAUAAAAUUUUAACUUGA